UCCAGCCCUCUCCUCCGCAUUAGCAGCAGCAGCAGCAACAGCAGGAUCGCAAGAUGGUAGCAGCGCACACUUCUUCACAUUCCUCGGAAUCUGCCGAGUGGAUGAUUUGUCUGGAUAAGAGACCAGCAGAGCGCUCGGGGGCAGAUGUUGACAUAAUCCUGGCACGGCUGAAAAAUGUGAAGGCCUUUGAGAGAUUCCACCCCAGUUUGCUGCAGCAGAUAUGCCUGUGCGGAUUUUACGAGUGCUUGGAGAAAGGCAUCACCAUAUUUCGACAAGGAGAUAUUGGCACGUGCUGGUAUGCUGUUCUCUCAGGUUCGCUGGAUGUAAAGGUGUCUGAGACAUCAAGUUAUCAGGAUGCUGUUACUAUAUGCACACUGGGGACGGGAACGGCCUUUGGGGAGUCAAUCCUGGAUAACACUCCCCGACAUGCUACCAUCAUUACACGGGAAUUCAGUGAGCUCCUACGCAUCGAGCAGAGGGAGUUUAGGUCUCUGUGGGAGAAAUAUCAUCACUGUAUGGCUGGACUACUCGCCCCACCCUAUGGUGUCAUGGAAAGCGGUUGUAACGCAGACAGACUGCCUGACAAAGAGAACAUAAGCAACAACUCGUUUGUUGUCUCCAAACCUCUGAAUAAGCAACUGAAUGCAUCAGUCAAGACUCUGCUAACGGAACGGCGGUGUUGUGUGGGGACAGAACUGGUUGACUGGCAAUUGCAGCAGAGCUCAUGCGUCCACUCUCGCGUUCAGGCUGUAGGCAUGUGGCAGGUGCUGCUGGAAGAAGGUGUUCUCAACCACGUGGACCAGGAGCUGAGCUUCCAGGACAAGUACCUUUUUUACCGCUUUCUGGAGGAUGAACAGGAGGAUGCCAGUUUCCCCACUGAAGACCAAAGAAGGGAGAGCCAAGAGGAGCUACAGGAUACCUUGCUGCUUCUCUCGCAGAUCGGGCCUGAUGCCCAUCUGAGGAUGAUCCUGAGGAAACCUCCAUCUGAAAGGACAGCAGAUGAUUUGGAGAUCAUUUAUGAGGAGUUGCUUCAUAUUAAGGCCUUGUCACACCUCUCCACCACUGUGAAGAGAGAGCUGGCCGGAGUGCUGAUUUUUGAGUCCCAUGCAAAGGCAGGAACAGUAUUGUUCAAUCAGGGUGAGGAGGGCACAUCCUGGUACAUCAUUUUAAAGGGCUCAGUCAAUGUUGUCAUCUAUGGAAAAGGUGUUGUUUGCACUCUUCAUGAAGGAGACGACUUUGGGAAGCUGGCGCUUGUCAACGACGCCCCCCGCGCCGCCUCCAUUGUCCUGCGAGAGGACAACUGUCAUUUCCUGAGAGUCGACAAGGAGGACUUUAACAGGAUUUUGAGGGAUGUGGAAGCCAACACUGUGCGACUGAAGGAGCACGGUCAGGACGUUCUGGUGUUAGAGAAGAGCCUCAGCAGCAGUCGAACAUCUGUCCAGGGAUCCUCUUCCUCUCAUUACAAAUACAACGUAAUGUCUGGGACGCCGGAGAAGAUUUUGGAGCACCUCCUUGAAAUGAUGCGAUUGGAUUCUCAAUUCACAGAGUCAGACUCAGCCUUAGAUGACUUUGUGCUCAUGCACUGUGUCUUCAUACCCAACACUCAGCUGUGUCCGGUGUUGAUGUCCCACUACCAUGCCCAGGCCUCGCAGGGAUCUGAACAGGAGAAGCUGGACUACACGCUUAAUAACAAGCGCAGGGUGAUCCGGCUGGUGAUGCACUGGGCUGCCGUAAAUGGGGAUCACCUGCAGGAAGAGGAUGUCUCAGGGUUGUUUCUGGAGGAGUUUUUCAUGGCAGUAUCUAAUGAUGCCAAAGCCUUUCCUGCCCUCAGGGAUCAACUAACAGAACUGGAAAGAAUUGUAAAACGCAAUGCUGAAGAUGCCAGAUCCUCACAGAAAAAGCACAAAGUCCUGCUGCGGCAUUUCAGUGUGGGAGAGGAGAAGCUUCAGAAACGUCAGCCCAUCAGGAGUAACGAUGAAAUCCUGUUCAAAGUCUACUGCUGUGACCACACCUACACCACAAUCCGGGUCCCUGUAGCCGCUUCAGUCAGGGAGGUUAUCGGUGCUGUGGCUGACAAGCUGGGGUCAGCGGAGGACCUGCUCCUGGUCGGCCUCAGUUCGGCAGGAGAGAAAACCAUCUUUAAGCCCAGUGAUAUGUCGGUGUUCUCCACACUCAGCAUUAAUGGACGGCUGUUUGUGUGUCGGAGGGACCAGUUGGAUUCUUUGACCACUUUACCUGAGCAGGAGGGUCCCUCUACAGGAUCACUGGCCAGCUUUGAGUUAAUGAGCUCUAAGGACGUGGCUUACCACAUGACUUCCUAUGACUGGGAACUUUUCCACUGUGUACAUGAGCUUGAACUCAUCUAUCACACAUUUGGGAGACAAUAUGUGAAGAAAACCACCGUGAACCUGGACCUGUUCCUGAGGAGGUUCAAUGAAAUUCAGUUUUGGGUGAUCACUGAGAUGUGUUUGUGUCCUCAGCUGAGCAAGCGAGUACAGCUUCUUAAGAAGUUUAUCAAGAUCGCUGCCCACUGCAAGGAGUACAGAAAUCUGAAUGCCUUCUUUGCUAUCAUUAUGGGCCUAAGUAACCCGGCUGUUUGCAGACUGAGUCAGACAUGGGAGAAACUUCCCAGUAAAUUCAAGAAGUUUUAUGUGGAAUUUGAAAACUUGAUGGAUCCGUCCAGGAACCACAGGGCGUACCGGCUAACAGUAGCCAAACUGGAACCUCCCAUCAUUCCUUUCAUGCCCCUGUUGAUCAAAGACAUGACAUUUACUCAUGAGGGCAACAAAACAUUUAUCGACAGUUUGGUCAAUUUUGAGAAAAUGCGGAUGAUAGCUAACACAGUGAAAAUAGUGAGAUACUGUAGAAGCCAGAGAUUCAGUCCAGAGUCACCACUGCCAAGCAAGAACCACCCUGACGUUUGGACUUAUAUUCGUCAGCUUAACGUGAUCGAUAACCAAAGGAUGCUUACUCAGCUCUCUCAUGGACUUGAGCCCCGCAGGUCUUGAAAUCCACUCAGGGACAGAAACAUUACACGAAGACGCUACUCCAUGACGUGAUGUGCGCUCGCUUGGGAUGAGUUUACUUAGUACAGGAUUGAGGACCUGAUGUUGUAUCAGAUAAUGAGAUGUUGUUUCAGAAGCCUGCCUUGUUAAGCUUUUUCUUACAGUAAUUAGUGAUAUUUUAGCAGUAGUUGUUGGCGGGUGACGUACCUCCUCGUAUCAUUGUCGUACAGAUAUAACAACAAACAGCAUGAAGAAAUGAAUGAUGUUUGGAGGGAUCUCAUUCAUCAAACUGUGUAAGAUUUUAGAUGUAAACGCUAUAUGAUGCUGACGCUUACAGGUCUCAGUAUUCCUGAUAUUCAGCUGUUUCGUAUAUUUUGUAUCAGACAAUAUUUAUAUAUAUUUAAGUUUUUAAGACUCUUGUGUUGUAAAUUGUAUACAGAUAUUUAUUUUGACAAGCAUGCAGAGGAUGAUGAUUGUUUUACGUUUUUAUUCAUGUGAGCACAUUUCUCUUUAAAGCCUGAGAUAUCAUAAGUGUCUGAAAACCUUUUUGUGCGCUCUAAAUAAUAA